ACUUCAACCUCCAACGUCUGGAAAAUCCUCCCUCGUCCACCUUGACUCCCCCCUCCACCCCCCUCAAACGGUCGUCCGUCGUUGCAAUUGACUGCAAUUGCUUUGCCCGCCAUGUCUCUCUCCUCCGCUUCCAGCACUCUGUUGCGCGCUUGCGCCCGCCAACAGCUGCCCACUUCUCGCGCUGCCAUCGCCUCCUGCCAGCAGCGGAGGGGAGUCGCUGAUGCCUCCAAGUCAUCCUUUGAGAGCCCUUUCACCAGCGCCAAGGAAUCCUCGACCUACAAGAUCCCUGACUUCAGCAAAUAUGCCUCCAAGAAGCCCCCACGCUCCAACCAGGUCUUCUCUUACUUCAUGGCCGGUUCCCUCGGUCUUGCCUCUGCUGUCGGUGCCAAGGCUACUGUUCAGGACUUCCUGGUCAACAUGUCCGCCUCUGCCGAUGUCCUCGCUCAGGCUAAGGUUGAAAUCGGCCUUGCUACCAUCCCUGAGGGCAAGAACGUCAUCAUCAAGUGGCGUGGAAAGCCCGUCUUCAUCCGUCACCGUACCCAGGAUGAAAUCAACGAGGCCAACUCCAUUGAAUGGCAAACCCUCCGUGAUCCUCAGGCUGAUGAGGACCGUGUUCAGAAGCCCGAGUGGCUUGUCAUGCUUGGUGUCUGCACCCACCUUGGUUGUGUCCCUAUCGGUGAAUCCGGUGACUUUGGCGGCUGGUUCUGCCCCUGCCACGGUUCUCACUACGACAUCUCCGGCCGUAUCAGGAAGGGUCCUGCCCCUCUGAACCUCGAGGUUCCUCAGUACAGCUUCCCCGAUGAGGACACUCUCGUCAUCGGUUAAACGAAUCAAACGAUGCCAAUUCGAGCGAACGGUUUAUCCGACGGACGGGAAACGACGUUGAAGGGGAUGAGAGAGUGAAGGUUUGUAACUGCACUUUAGAUGAAAUCUCUGUAUCUUGUCAAGAUUAAGGAGACCCUGUUUUAAUAUGGAUCGAUUAGAAAAACUGAGCCUCGUGUUUCUAUUACUUUCAACAACUACCCUGUCCACUUUUCGCUCCUAGAGCCUGUACCACUCCUUGUCCACGGGGUUUUUUCUUCCCAUUGUUCCUGGGUAUAGAACUUUCUGUCAUUGGCCGCCUUCCCGUCUCUCUGCACUUCUUGUUCUUUCGAUAGCUUAGAGGGACUAAGGGGAGUAAUGAUGAAGACAGGAGACGGUCGACAUAUAGAUGUAUACCUUUUGUAUGUCUGUUACUUGUAUCUACAUAGUCUUUUAUUGGGUAUAUUCACAUGCGAUUCCUUUUGUCCGUUCA